UCGUAGUGACAUUAUGGCAGUCAAAAAUCAAAUAAUUUUGUAAACAAUCUGCGAUCGGAAUAUUGCAAUUUAGAUAUUUCACGGUAAAAUGAAUAAUUACCCCUGAUCGUUGUACGACCACAAUAUAAUUAACGAUGUCUGAAGAUAUAAAAGUUACGUUUAUUAUACCGAAUGAUUGUGAAAGUGAGAAUGAAUGCUCGGAGGACAUGCAACUGGCUUUUGUCACAUGUGAGCAGCAUAAAGGCAGUGGUCUUCAUGCCAAAUGGGUGAAGGAGUCCCAAUGGAAGAAAUUCGAAGGACUCUCUAAGAGGGAUGUGUUUGUCCUGUCUGAGUUUGAAGGGGAACUGUUUCAGAGGCUAAGGGCUACUAAAUGCCUGUUAGUGGGUCCCCGUUGUCUGUCAUGCUGUUUGACGGAAGGCAUGCCAAUACCAUCUGGCCCAGAGCCUGUGUACACGGUGGCCAUGAGAGGCUUAGUGGUCACCGCCAGUGGUUUGACUAAAGACAAGAAGGAAAUCAUAAAAAUCAAAGUGCACUGGAUGGGUGGAACAUAUAACACAGUUUUGACAGAUGAAACAACACAUUUAAUAUCUGAUACUGUGUUAUCUGUGAAGUAUGUGAGAUCAGUAGAAAUAGGCAUUCCAGUAAUGUCCGAGACAUGGGUAGACGCGGUAUGGGAGGCAGCCCUUCGCCUAAACGUUAGCGGAGCUUCUUCGGACUUCAACAACUACCGUCUACCACCAUUUGCUAACUUGGAGGUGACCACGUCAGGAAUACCUAAGAGAGACAAGCAGAUGAUAAUGAAGCUAGUCAAUCAGCAUGGUGGCAAGUUCUCAGGAGCAUUUCAGAGUGAGACUACCGAUGUGGUGGUAUUGACAAAAGAGGGUGUAGGCAGCGAAAAGUACAAAGCGGCAUUAGAGUACGGCAAAGUGUGUGUUUUACCAUCAUGGGUGAAAGAUUCUGCAGAAAAAGGAGUCGCUUUACCAGUAGCUAAAUACAAAAUAGUAGGGGCGUCUACAUCGUCACCGCUGGCUGAACAUCGGCUGCCUGACAUGAGUUUAAAUUUCUCCAGAAUCACAAAUCUAAGACCACCGAGUAACUUCGUCGACGAGACUAGAUCGGCGGAUGUGUCUACCACGUCUGGGAAAAUAAAGCUGUCACAAGAAUCACGUAAGGCCAACGACACCUCUAUCGACAAGGAGUUGCAAAUAGAGCUGGACAGUUUCGACAUGAAUGACAUCAAAAAGGCUGGACCUAUAUUUGACGGAUUUUGUAUCUGGCUAGUGAACUUGUCUGGUCGGGCGCGCGAGGUGUGCGCGGCGGCGGUGUCGCGGUGCGGCGGCGUGCGCUACGACGCGCCGCACGCGCGCCUCACGCACGCGCUGCUGGCGAGCGGCGCGGGGGGCGCGGGGGGCGCGGCGGCAGCGCGGGACCUACCGCCGUCUGCGCGGCUCCUGUCGCCGCUGUGGCUGCUGCGGAGCGUCAAGGCUGGCAAGCCGUUGGAUGAGACGCCGUACCUCAUACACACCACCACGUCAACACCAGUGAAGUGCGCACGCAAGCAACCGGCAGAAGCGUCUCCUAUGAGCAAAAAGAACUUGCAGCUCCUUCGCCGGGAACCGCUGGACCUCCCGCCACCAACCGUGGAGGUGGAGCCUGAAGAUGAACUUGUCAACCAUUACUUAAGCCAAGCCGCAGUAGAAAACGUACCGUUAGAUAGAGAGAAAACACCAGAACGAGUUGCUCCUAAUUCCACCACAAACGAACAUCCAGACAUCACGGAAGAUGGUGAAGAUCCUACCGAAGAAAUAGAACAAAUAUUUAGAGGUAUAAAGUUCGUAGUGCAAGGCCUCGACGAGGAGGCGAUUAUCGAGAUCGGCGCGGAGGUGUCGGCGGCGGGGGGCGCGCUGUGCGGGGCGGGGGCGGCGGCGGGGGCGGCGGGGGCCUCGCACGCGCUCGUGCCGCUCGACUUCGACCCCGAGGAGCUGCUCACUGCCGGUGCUGAGCCAGUCACUGUGUUCUGGGUGAAAGACUGCCUCUCCCAACAAGAACUGGUGCCGAUCCAGUACUACCACCGUCCAGUGCGGCUGGCCAGCUGGAGCGCCGCGCCGCUGCAAGGCGUGGUAGCCAGUCUCAGCACGUACAGUGGCAUCGAACGAGCAUUCUUGGACGAGCUGGCCAAGCUGCUGGGAGCCACAACCCAGCUCCGCUUCUGCCGGCGUAACACUGCCAACGCCUUGGCGUCCACGCAUCUGAUAUGUCCCACGCCCGUGGGAGACAAGUAUACUGGCGCUUUGAAGUGGGGGCUGCCUGCAGUGAAGGCGUCGUGGUUGAUGGCUUGCGCCAAGGAGGGGAAGAGAGUGAGCGAGAGAGGACAUCUUGUUGGCGAUACUAAAGCACCACCAUCGCCGGCAAAGCUGCCGGAAGAAGCUAAAGCCGAAGGAAAUCCUAUCGUACAACCAAAUGAGUCUGUAGAUAAGGAGAACGCUAUGCUGCCGCCGCAGGGAUCGGCUUUGCCGCGCCGUGGCUCUGUGCCCAGCGCCGACAACACUCCUAAGAAUACUCCCAAAGCAAAACUGGGGAAUGAUGGUACCGAUGAGAUGUCUCCAGCAUCGAGAUACAUAGCUAUGGCCCGGCAGGGGUUACUCGGCGGAGACUCACAAGAGACGCCCAGUAGACUACAUGAAGUGAGGGAUGAUGAUAAAAUAGAUAGUGCCGCAGUUCGCACGCCGCCACUAGAAGACGCUCUCUCAACACCCAAUCUGCAAUUACUCAGCCCGACCACCCGACGACGCCUGCAGGCGUUACGGCGUGGUGACCUACCGUCCGACCCCAUACGCACGCCUCGUGAUCCAUUCGACAAGAACCUUUCCACUCCAGAUAGCGCGUUUGGCGCCGCGCUCCGGCCCGGCUCCGGCAGGCUGUCGCCCGACGCGCGGAAACGACUGUGGAGGGUCGUCAAUGAAUUACCCUCAAAACAAGAACAGACUCCCACCAAUGUUAAUACUCCGCUGUCGGAGAUCCGAAACAGAUUCCUGGCGCAGUUCAACGGAGACGCGCCAUCGACUCCUUCUGACCAUCACCUCGCUCCGAGAAAAUUGCAUUUGCUGGACCAAGAGGACACACCGCCAGCCAAAAUGGCAAAAAUUUCGCAAGAUCAGGUUGGUUGCUAUAUUCAAUAUGCAGCUUCAUUGCCAUGGAUUAAAAAUCUGGGAAAUAUAUGUCAUCUAGAUAGUAAUCAUUUUACACAUUACAAAAACCCGUCUAAUUGGUUUGUUUUAACAAUGUUCAUACUCGGGUCAGACAGUAUAUAUCCAGUACAAUAGGCCG